UCGAAGAGACACGUUGACCAUGGAGAUCCUGCAGCUGCCUUUAGUUUGUGCUCUUAUAAUCAGUAGUCUCACAUCAGCAACAGUUGUUCAAGAUUUUAAUCAUGUGGAGAGAUGCAAGGACUCCCUCUAUAUGGGGACUCCGCCGCGGGGUUUUGUCGACACCAAACUGAAGAAGAUCUGCCAGCGAUAUGCUGACAAACCCCGUUACGUGACCUUGUACGAUCCUUCUAAGAGGAUCCCAGUUUACUCGGCUUAUACCUUCAAGAAAACUGAGGGAGACAGACGUGUGGACUACCCUUGGAUGUACGAGCCACAGCUGGCAGAGCUCGAUGGCAAUGGGAACAUGUUGCCCUUCCCAACUGGCUACCUGCACAUGAAGUUUGAGGACAGCCAGGCAGUGCUGGAUGACUACUCUGAUGUGGUUCUUUAUGAAAGAGGUCACCUGAACCCAGACCAGCAUCAGUCCAGUCCGCACGACCGCGCUGCCACUUACACACUGACCAACGUGGUCCCAGAGAUACGAGAGUUUAACAUCGGGCCUUGGCGAGAGUACGAGGAGCGGAUCCGGGUGCGCCUUAACAACUUCUGCCGUGGCACUGCCUACAUUGUCACCGGAGUGACCACCAGGGGCAACACGAUCCGUCGCAACAAUCAGAACCGCGUGGCCAUCCCCGAAGAUGUGUGGUCUGCUUACUGCUGCACCGAGUAUGACCGCAACGCACCCCACGACGUUCGCGUUCUCUUCCCAUCCCAUGCAGCCCUAGCCAAAAACGCCAAAGAGGGCAACAGCAUCCACGAGAUGACAGUCCUGGAGCUUGAAAUGUUUCUGAGAAAUAACAUCGAAGUCGACACCAACCUUCAGAUCUUCUACGACAACUGUGUCUCUCCCUCACCCCUUCCUCUUUAUCUGCAGCACACCAUCUGAAUGCUAUCUCAGCUACAUCCUCUGUGUGCAUAUGGGUUUAGCCUAACAGCAGCCAUUAACAGUAAUAAAAACAAUGAUAGCAGAAGUAAGGUAAUUCAAAUUUUGUCCUGCAAGAUAUUAUCUAGGA